AUGUCACCUCGAUCGAGGAAAAAUGCCGUGAGCCAUUUCAAUAUCAUGGUGGUCGGGUUCUCGGGCGCUGGCAAAACGUCGUUUAUACGCACUCUGUUGGAAUCGUUAAAGAUGAGCAUGCCACAUGACAAACGGAAUUCGUUCUUUCAUCAGCCCGAACUGCCUAGUGAAGCCCACGGACCUUUACAAAAGACCGCAUCACCUUACACGAUAUCGAUGAAUAUCGAGGUGGACGGGGAAAAGGUGGCCCUGACCCUUAUUGACACACCGGGAUUCCAAACCGAAUACAUGGUCGAUAAACAGUUGCAAGAUAUUGUAGGCUACAUGGAACAUCAGUUUGAUCUUGCCCUCAACGAGGAAACAAAAGUGAAACGUAAUCCAAAAGCCGUUGAUACCCAGGUCCAUGCUUGUCUGUACUUCUUGGACCCUUCAAAACGUACAUUGGGUGAAUAUGAUAUCCGUAUUCUUAACCGAUUAGCGCAACGAGCCAAUGUGAUUCCCGUGGUUGGCAAAGCAGACACGUUAACCGCCGCUCAACGUCGUCGUCUGCGACCGGCCAUUAUGGAAAGCAUCUACAAUGUACACAAGAUACCUAUCUAUGGAAUGCCCGAAGACGAUGAGGAGGACGACGAAGAUGAAGACGAAGACGAGAAUGAGAACGCUAACAUUGAGGAGAAACGUGACGAGGCCGAUGCCGCCCCGCCAUUGGAUGAAUUUUUGCAGCAGUUUGAUUACAACGAGGAGGAUGAGGAAACACAGGCAUUUAUUGACUAUUUACGUAUGAUUCCUUAUUCGGUAAUUGCGUAUGAGGAUGAACCUGAGACGGGCCGCCCGAUUGAGAUUGAGGGUGUAGCACUUGGCCGGGAUUACGGAUGGGUGACCAUUGACUGUCUGAGUGACAAAUACAGUCAUUUCAUCAGUCUAAAAGAUAUGCUGCUCGGCACCCAUCGACGUAUUCUGCAAAGUGAAACCGUGGAACGAUACUACGAACGAUAUCGUACCGAACGAUUACUGAUCAAACGAGCCACCAAGCUGAAAAGUAUGGACGUUGGACAGAAAAUCCUCGAGGACUUGAACCAUCUUUAA